AUGGCCAUUUUACAGGCCUCUCCUAACUUUGUGAAAAUUAUCGUCUGUUGCGACGGUACAGGAAGCUCUGGAGUUGAGGAGAACGACCACGACAAGACUAACGUUUGGCGAAUCCGACAAGGCAUAAAGGACAUAGAUAGCAACGGCAAUCAGCAACGAGCAUGGUACUUCCCUGGAAUCGGUACGGAUCGAAAAUCCUCCUCUCCGCUUCAGAUAAGAGACCGAUGGGACCAAGCUUUUGGGACAGGACUCGACGAAAAGAUCAGAGAAGCAUAUAAAUUCAUCUGCUACAAUUACAAGAGCAGGAGGGACCAGAUCAUGCUCAUCGGAUACUCCAGGGGGGCUUUCACUGUAAGGUGUCUCGCCGAUCUCAUCACUAACGUUGGACUCCUUACCGACCAGGGAUUUCACCGUUUCGCUGAGGUUUACGACCUUUGGAAGAAAAAAAGCGAGAAAGCAUUGUGUGGUCUCUGCGACGAGCUAGCAAAGUUGUAUUACAUUCACCGCAAUGUCCGCAUCCAAGUCUGCGGUGUUUGGGACACAGUCGCUUCUAUAGGUGCUCCGUUGCCGAGCAUAUUAGGAAUACUACCGCCCAGCCCAAAUUUUAUCCACUCCGACCUGAACCCCAAGAUUGUCAAAGCAUUCCAGGGCCUCGCGAUUCACGAGCAUCGCCACAACUUCCGACCUAUCGUUUGGAAAUGUGUUAACGACGAAUUGAAAAGUUCCUCCCUAGAACAGUGUUGGUUCGCUGGGUAUCAUGCCGACGUAGGAGGGGGUAGAAAAGAUGAAGCCCUUGCGCAUAUUUCCCUGGCGUGGAUGAUUCAUAAACUAGAUAAAGCAGGCGUUGAAUUUAAAGAUACAAUAUUUCAACAUCCUCCGUCCUAUCGAGGAUGGACAUUGGGAAAUCCUGAACCUCAAGACGAGGAUCUAACGCGUCAAGGCGGUGAUCCAUCAUGUGAAGACGAAGACUCAACGCAUCAAAGAAGAGCGUCCGCGCAUCGGAUCAGAGACUCGAUGACUCGUCGCUUUUGGUUUCACGGAUCGUGGAUUCGAAAGCCACGGAUACAAUUUUGGACUCCAAACAAGCAUUUGGAAAUGGUCAAUCCUCCCGAAGAUGCAGUUUCCAACGAAGGCAUCCACCCCAGUGUAGAGUUUUUUCGCGACAUGCGAGGCUUAUCACUCGGAGGCAUUACCCGUGACAGACCUGCUAGCCCGGAUCGCAAUUUAAAUAGCGAGUAUGUCUGGUCUUUCCCAUUUGCAGGACGCAUACUCCCGGGAAAUGACACUAUGUACCGGGAGCACAAUGGGAGUACAACCUAUAGCGUAAAGGAGGCGCGCCUAAGCCCAUUUGAAAUGAGUCUUCUCGCGAACUGGGCACGGAAAGAUCUCUCUGGAUACGGAAGAACAAGUCUCGCGGAGCCAGGUGCCCCCCGGCCCGGAACACUGCUUCCCAUGAUUUUGGGGUGGCUACAACGUCAGGAAUUGAGCAUUGUAGCAGAUAUUGCGCUAUGA